AUGAGCAACGACGUGCCCACGCCCAUCUCGGACGAGGAGGUGGUGGCACUCACCAAGGCGGCCUUUGAGCACUCCCGCCAGGACAUCAACCAUCGUGCGGCCGCCGAGACGCCCCGGGAAUUGCAGCAACAGCAGCCAGGUAUUACGAUUGACCUGGGCCACAAGAACAUUGCCCGCCUGCCGGACGAGGUCAUCGAUGUCAUCCGGGCCGAGAUUGAAAGACUCGCUCUUUCCCACAAUCUCCUCUCGACUCUCCCGUCCCGCCUUAUCGAAUGCAGACGUCUCCGCUACCUCAACGUGCGCUACAAUGCCAUGCGCGAGAUCCCCAAUGCCAUCCUCGACAUGACCUCGCUGGAGAUCCUCGACGUGAGCAGGAACAAGAUCAGGUCCAUACCGUCCAAAAUCUCAAACUUGACCUCUUUGAAGGUGCUGGCAAUCGCAAAGAACAAGAUUGAGGAAUUGCCCGUCUGCCUGGGCGAGAUCAACAGCUUGCAGGUCCUUAAGCUAGACGGCAAUCCGCUGGUCUUCCCCCCGCCAGACGUGUGCACCAUCAAGGACAACGCCCCCUCACCCGCCAACGAGAACGAGCGAGAUGCCGUCAUAGCCACCCAGGUCAAGCGCUUCAUGCGCCAACACAUUUCAAAAGAGCGCCAGCGGAGCGAACUGGAAAGGCUGCGCGUCGAAUCUUCUGGUGACGAGAGCUGGACCGAAAGCAACCCGGAGACACCCCGCCCGUCCAAGCGAGCCAACGGGGGACGAUUCCCCGUGAGACCCAGUGUAGGCAACAUCGAUGGCUUCUCUGACACCAAGGCCGACUCACCUGGCUUGCCUGUCCCACCUAUCCCAGUUCGUUCCCACUACCGUGUCGGAUCUACAACGAGCAAUGGAAACGGCGCCGGCAUCGUCGUUUCAAAGCGGCCCCCAGUGUCUCCCCUCGCCCUGACAAACGGAAGCAAUGAGCGUAACCGAAGCCAAAGUGAAGGCUCAGGACCUUCGUCACACCGCCAGAAGCGAAUGGGCAUAUACACUAACAAAACAUCGGAGCUGGGUUCUGUUGACGAAUUACGGCGGACAAGUCACUUCCGCGGCUUCAGUCAGGGCAUUGUUGUUCCUGCUCAUUCUGCUGCCAACGGUCUAUCAGGCCCAGCAACCGCUGGUGCUUAUGGAGAUACUGGUACCGUCAGAUCUCUCGCAAACCGCCCACUAUCUGAUGUGCGCGAACACCGGCGGAACUCGCGUGCGCCAGACAUUGUCGUCGAGGCUGCAAAAAACUUCCUCUAUGCCAUAUCCCAGCUGCACGACUGCGUCUCACACAUGGUACGCUCAAUCAAAUUGACAGCUAAGACGAAAGAAAGUCUGCGCCGUAAAGAAGACUUUUAUCGCAGAUACUCGACCACCUACCUCAAUAUCCGUGCGCUGAACGAGGUGUUGCACAAGUUCGACAGGUUGGUCGAAGAGGACGAGGAAGACGCACAGAAGCUCUCUAGAAGCGUAUACAUGUAUGCUCUAAGAUGUCUCGAGUCUUUCAUGUCCAUCAGUCUCUCAAUCGCCGAGAAUCGCGUUGAGAUAACCCAGAAUGCGAAUGCACACAUUAUGCGGACUUUCCUGUUCCUGCAGCAAGCCAGUCUGAUCGAGAUGAGGAACGCCUGUUCGAUUUUGGGUGCGCAGUUCAAGGAUACUUCGGUAGCUUCGCGCCGGCCUAGCAAUGUCGACCCAGUGGCUACAGUACGGGCACGCCCAUCAAGAGUGAACCGUCGUUUCCAGACAUCGCCGCCACAGCGAAACGGCGGCUAUCAGAUGCCACCACCAGUCAUCUUGCACAGCAACGACAAUAGUCGUUCCAACACCCUGACAAGCAUUAGUGCCGCAACACCGCGCUCGGGGGAGUCAUUCUCAACACUUGCUCCGUCCAUGACACGGUCCAACACGCUGACCAGCAGUUUUGACGAAGCAGACGAAGAUGCUCAAUUUGACCGGGUCUACACGAAACUGAGAAAUGCAUCCGACAACUGCAGAAACUCCAUGCCACAGAUUACGCGUAUGAUGCGAGAGCAAUUUGAUGGUCUACGACGUGAUCUUGACACCGAGGAUCCACGAGUGAAGGCGCUGGCGAAUCUUAUCGACAAAAGCAAUGAUGUCCAACAAAUGACGAAUCCCCUCGCUGGCCGUCUAUCACAGAUGCAGCUUAAGGACAGCUACACCCGCAACCAGCCCGAAUUCUGGCAACAAUGCAUGGGUUUCAUCAAGGCUUGGCAAGAACUCGCUGCAGCGUAUACUCAGCAGGGUAGAGAACACAAGCUGCUCUCUGGCGAGAUCAAACAGCUUAUGCGGCCACUGCAUAAGAUGGUAAAGGAGGCCAGUUUGGCUAUCAAUGACAGUCCUUGGUCGCAUCUUACCAGUAACAAUCCCGGCCUAAUGGGUCCGCCGAGCCUGUCGUCCAUCACUUCACGCACCCAACCACCUAGGUUUAUGAAACAGCCCAGCGGAACCAUGUCUUCGAGCGGUGGACCUUCGUUCCCAGGCCCCAUCAAUACGUCCAUACCUGCGAUGGCUUCGGUCUUCUCUGCACAGCCGUACUCUACGGCAAGCUUCGGUUCGCAAGGCUCCGGUGGUUAUGGCACUCCAGUCCCGGCGACGCCACUCAGCGCCGCUCUAGGAGCCGCAGCCCAAGCGACUAUCCCAAAUACCCCUCGCGUUUCUCAGGGUUCCAACACGCUCAACGUCUUCGAGCGAGCUGAUCGCCUGCUCAGUCAGACAAGUCGUCGCGUUUGA